AUGGAGCAGCUUGACGUCAGCAACGUACGACAGCUGGAAGAUUUGCUCAUCAACGACUGCAUGUAUGCGGGCAUUCUGCGGGGCAAGCUGGACCAGAGGAGUCGGUGUGUGGAGGUGCAGUUUGCAGCAGGCAGGGACCUCCGGCCCGGCCAGCUCUCUUCCAUCCUCGCCACACUCUCCCAGUGGGUGGCGACGUCAGAGGCGAUGCUGGGGACGAUAGAGAAGCGGAUCCAGUGGGCGGAUGAGAAGGGGGAGGAGUGGGCCAAGCACAAGAGGGAGGUGGAGGAGCAGGUGGAGGAGAGCAAGAAGAACAUCCGGGCUGAGAUGGAGAUGCGGGGGCCAGAGGCCAUGUUCGUGGAGGGGCCAUCAGCAGGAGGAUCGGGGCUGGGCAUGGGAAUGGGCAUGGACUACGGAGAGGAGAUGGAUCGCUCCCGACCUAAGAGGUCAGCAAGGAGGAGAUGA